AAUGAACGAGUUAACCUAUGGCUGCCGCCGCAUUUUCCGACUCGUUCGGUGAGCAGCUGUCAUGUCCAUUGUGUCUUAACAGAUAUGUCGAUCCUAGAAUUCUUCCUUGCCUGCACACUUUUUGUUUAAAAUGUUUAGAAGAAGAGUUAAAAGACUGCACAGGCGGGCCCCUCCCCCAUGGACCAGGUCCUGGAAUGAAGGUGACUCUGCGGUGUCCCACUUGCCACCAAAAAUUCCCAUUAAAUUCAGGGGGAGUGGAGAGUCUCCCAUCAAACUUCUUUAUUAACAACAUCAUAGAUGUUAUGGUCUCACCUGAUGAAGAUUUUGAAAGUGGAAAAAUUGAUCGAAGAAAUGGGGUGGGUCAGAAUAACGGGGGUGGUGCAGUGACCCACUGGUGCAGUUCUUGCGAUGAGGGCAGCAAUGCGUCAUCCAUAUGUAAAACAUGUAAUGACUUCCUGUGUGACAACUGCGUAAAGGCGCAUCAGCGCGUCCGCCUCACAAAGGAUCAUCAUAUAGAGAGGCUGAACCUGCUUCAGUUCUCACCGCCCUCAUUUCAUGCCGUUCAGUCACCAAAUAUAUUUACCGAUCGAUCUCAGAGCGUCUGUGAGAGACACGAACAUGAAAUUUUACGAUUAUUCUGCGAUUCUUGUUCUCAGGCCAUCUGUCGUGAGUGUACAAUGUCGGAACAUGUUGGACAUAACUUUAUUUACCUUCAGGACGCUAUUGAAAACUCUAAGAGCAUUACUUUGAAGCUACUAUCCGAUGCGAAGGCUGGCGUAAAGGCUCUCGAAGAAAGCGUCAAUCUUACUCAGGGAAUGGCAGAGAGGGUGGAGAUGCGUUCGCAGGCCGUUGCAGCUGAAGUUAGAAACAUCACACGGAGAUACAUGGCCUCUUUAGAAGAGCGCGAACGAGACUUGCUGCGUCGCGUGGAGAAGAUUCGCCAGGUGAAGGGCAAGUCGCUACACAUUCAAGUGGAUGAGCUGAAGCAGGGACUGUUACAGCUGAACCAGACUGUCGAGGAAGUAGAGGUGUUGCUAAAUACGGGUACAGACAUUGAUAUUUUAAAGACCAGGGAUCGCAUGCUUGCAGAAAUGCAGCAUCUGCGACAACUCCGCGGACACCUUCAGCCGCACGAAGAUGAAGACGUUGUGUUUACGCCUCCAGACAUGGCUCUGUACAACGCCAUCAGUAAGAUGGGUUUCGUCAGCAGCAGUGCAUUUGCACCCAACUGUGUCGCAACGGGGGACGGACUGAAGCGGGCGCUGAAGGGAAAGCUGACCAUGUUUAUGGUUCACAUGAAGGAUCACCAUGGUGAGCCGCGUGUCAUUGGUGGUGACCCCCUGGAGAUAAUCAUUCAAAGUCCAGAAGGCGCUCUGUACCGCACAGAGAUCAUAGACCGCCAGAACGGAAGCUACACUGCAACAUAUCGGCCACAGACCGAAGGUCAGCAUAUCAUCUCCAUAACCGUGCGCGGCAAGCACAUCCGGGACGGUCCAUUCAUGGUGAAUGUUCGCAGUGGACGCAAUUACUCAUCGAUUGGCCAGUUAAUCUUUCAGUUUGGUGGCGAAGGUGACAGUCUCGGGAAAUUGUGUCGUCCUUGGGGAGUGUGCUGUGAUAAGGACGGACAAAUUUUUGUGGCCGAUCGAAGCAACAACCGGAUUCAGGUAUUCAACCCGGAUGGAUCGUUUCGGCACAAAUUCGGCUCGCCGGGAUCAAGGAACGGUCAGUUUGAUCGUCCCGCAGGCGUUGCAAUCGACCACCAAGGGAGAGUAGUUGUGGCGGACAAAGAUAACCAUCGCGUGCAGCUCUUCAGUAUUGACGGUAACUUUCUGUUGAAGUUCGGCGAAAAGGGUAACAAGAACGCACAGUUCAAUUACCCGUGGGACGUGGCCAUCAGUUCCGAGGGGCGGAUCCUGGUGUCGGACACCCGCAACCAUCGAGUGCAGCUGUUCACGUCGGAGGGCCAGUUCAUCAACAAGUACGGCUUUGAGGGGCCACUGUGGAAGCAUUUCGACUCGCCGCGUGGCGUGUGCUUCAACCAAGACGGCCACAUUGUUGUCACAGACUUCAACAACCACCGCCUACUCGUCAUCCACUCCGACUUCCAGUCUGCCAGGUUUCUCGGCACCGAGGGCAGUGGCAACGGACAAUUUCUACGACCCCAGGGUGUCGCUGUUGACCAGGAAGGAAAUAUCAUCGUUGCUGACUCGCGUAACCAUCGGAUCCAGGUGUUUCAGCCAAACGGAAAUUUCUUGUGCAAGUUCGGCACUCCCGGCUCGAACCCUGGCCAGAUGGAUCGACCGUCGGGUAUAUGCGUAUCUCCAGACGGGUUUGUAAUUGUCGUCGAUUUUGGAAACAACCGCGUUCAGGUGUUUUGAGGUUGUCCUAUGUUGUAGAUAUGUAACCACUUUGGCCCUUCGAGGCCAGCUUUUUAUCCAUUGUGCUCAGGCAAGCUUACUGCAACUCAGGUUUAUUAACAAAACAAAAAAGUUAUUGUGGAGCCAAAGGCUUAUCUUUUUUUUUUUUAUGUCAGCUCAGGGAAAAUUUCUAUAUAUUUAGGUCUUACACAUGUAUUACAGAACUUUUGUAAAACAAAAAAAAAAGUUAUUUAUUAGCUAUAAUUUCCUUUGCAAACAAAUUUGUACAUGUUUGUGUGUGUUUUUGUAGAACUUAGUUUACAUGUCAUGGAUAAAUGACAAAAAUAAAUAUUGUAAAAACUUUACUUUCGAUUGCAUGCUAAAGCAUGUUACAUUAUGCUAUCAUUGCAGGGUUUUCCCUAAGACCACAGCAAUUAUUGUUAACCUCAUGUGUAGACUUGGAUUGUAAGAAUGUUGAAUCCCUCCCAUAAAGUUGAAGCACCACCACUGAUAGGAAUUCACACGUUUCUACUUGUACAUUGGGACAGCUAGUAAAACUUUUAAACUGUUUUAUUGUAAGUGUAACCCUACCAGGACAAAAAAAUUACAGGUAUUUUUUAGCUUAUUUAAAAAAAAGUAUUUUAAAAUUACUUCCCCUCCCUCCCCCCCCCAAAAAAAAAUAUAUCAUAAUUAUUUGUAAAAAAAAAUUGCUAAUCAAGUCAUUAAUUAACUUAAUGAACAAACCCAAUUUGUAAAUAUACAUGAACAUUAUUUAAUAAUUAUACUACUCAUCUUUCUUUAGGGAUAUAGUAUACCAAAUAUAUGUCACAUGUGAUAAACAAUCUGUGCACAUCAUAAAUUUGUGUAACGUGAUCAUUGAGAUUGCGUUUUGGAUGUUACAUACAUCAUGCACAGGAAUAUUUUGUUUUCGAAAUCUUGAUUAGCGAUAUUACUAGUCAAUUGAAAAUUGAUUAGAAACUACUGGUUAAUGUUUUAAAAUUGUGUAGCAAUCUCUGAAACUUGUAUAGCGAAUUGCAACGCGAUACUGAAUAAAAUGUUCUCUGCGUGCAGUCUUGUUACAUACAUUAUACACAAUAAUGUACAUAUUACAUGACUGCAAUUAGCUAUGUCAUCCAACGAUCAUCAUAAAUUCAGUUGUUUUACUGGAAUUUGUUUUUUCAAAAUAUCGCAAGCGAAAGUUGAGUAGUUUGUUUCAGUGAGUUGGUAAACUGGGAGAUAAUACAUGAAUGUGAAAUUCUGCUGUUUCCUAAAUUCCCAAUUAUGCUGUUUCCUAAAUUCCCAAUAACCAAGACUGUAUUUUGCCAUGGGUAAUCAGUUGCAUUUUAAUUGACUUUAAUUUAAAUAAAAGAAAAAGAAAGUAAGAAAAUUGCACUUUGAAGUGUUUGUUGUACACUACAUGUAGUAGUGCGAUUUGUUUAUAAAGUUAUAUGUAGAUCAUAUUGGGUGCACUGGCAAAUUAGUUGAAAAAAAGCGAUCAGCUUUAAAAUUUGUACACAUAUUUGUACACAUAUUAACCUACAAAUUCUAUAGAUUAAAGUUGUGGGUCCGUGCUUAUAAAAAUGUUAAAGAGUCUAGACUUGUUUGUAUGGCUUUGCCAUGACAGUAAAGUCUAGGACUCGGAGUCUGAGCUCAAACUCUAAAAUAUGUAUGGCUUUGCCAUGAGAGUAAAGUCUAGGACUCGGAGUCUUUGAGCUCAAACUCUAAAAGUUUUAUAAGCACAAGGCCAGGUAACAGGUGGCAAAACUGAUAGGGGAGGGGGUUGUUGUGCAAUGUUAGUCAAACUUGAUUAACUGUAUAAUAUAAUUAAUAUAGAUCUAUAUAUUAUUUGGGAGGGGGUAAAUGAAACUAUUGGUAAACCACUGCCCCCUUGCCUCCCAUUUUUGCUGGCUACAGUACAAUAAGGAGUUGGGUUGUAGCAAAUUUAUAGGGUUUUUUUUUUUUUUUUUCAAAUGAUGCCUCAUUAGAUGCAGAGUUUUUGUGUUAUACAAAAGCUACAUAUAUAUAUAUAUAUAUAUAUAUAUUACUAAUCUAGAAAAUAUUUUGUAAAAUACAUUGUAUAUUGUGAUACGUGUUUGCUUUACAAUUUGAAGUUGUAAUCAGGAAAAUGUCAUGCAACAACACAGCAUUUGUUAAACAUACUUUGUACAUAUAAAUUAACAGACACUGCAAGUAGAACGACAACACAGGGCUCGAAUUUAACGGCAGCUCUAACAGCAAUAACUGGGAUAUCACUUGCAGCAGGUCGGGGCUUUACCAAUGGCAAUUUUUGGCAGCUGGAUAAAAUUAUUGCCAUUGGUUGAAGAGAUCAUUUUUGGUUAUUAAUUUUGUUUAUUAUUUUUUUUUAUUUUUUUUUUUAUUCCUGAUUUAAGACUGCUUAAGGAAGGCUCAGAACUGCCAUAGAUGAACAUUUUGCCUAAGGCAGAAAUUAAAAAAAAAAAUGCUGAAAGUAAGAAAGUUAAAUUUGAGCCCUAACAUGGUUGUAUAUACAUGUAUGUAUGUCAUAUGUGUAGCAAGGUUCGGAAAGAAGCCAGUGUUAUUAAAACUUGUUUUGUAUUCCGUGCAGGUUAUACUUCAUGACACGAUAAACGGUGCAUACAUUUUUGGUAAUAGCACUCAUUCUUGUUAAAAAGGGGUAAAAAUAUGUAAAUGGUUUUGAUACAAAAAAUGAAGGUAAAAUGUUCAUGCACCUUCUGAUGAAAGUAGUUGAAUAAUAUUAAAUAUUAUUAAAUAAUCAAAACAUUAAUUUGUGUUUAGAUGUGUGUUUGUUGUUUCAGCACUUUUCAGUUGCUAUUUUUGUUACAGUAGCAACCACAUAACGUAAGAAAUAUUAUUACAACAAUUUUAUAUUGCAUCUAUAUCGUGAGCUCAAUGUUUGCAAGUCAAGUUUACUGUGUUUUUGAUACAUCCGCGAUUCAAAACCAUAGUUUGUUGAUGUACCGAUUUUGUGUGCUAUGAGUAUAACAUACACAGUUAUUAUUAUCCCGUACAUGUGUGUACACGUCACGAAUGCCGUGGUCUACCUCAAAUGGACCUGCUUUCACAAUUUACCUUGUUACAACAACAGUUCUAAACUGUUUAAAAAUAUUGUUUUUUAUUAUCUGCCAGGCAGAAUAAUUUUGGCAGCCAGGCACCUCAUGCCUAUGUGUAUGUAAAAUGAGUUGUUUAGAAAGCCUCUGUGAGCCUGUUAACAGUUACCUCUUUUAGUGCAUAUAUACGUGUGUAAUAUAUAUAUUAUUGUACAUGUAUAAUAUAUAUAUAUAAUAUUGUAUGUUGCUUUGAAUUGGCCAUGUAUGUGAAUUACAUUUGUACAUGUAUACAGAGUUUGGAUAGAGAUAUGCAAAUUUACUAAUUAAUAUUUCAGGGUUUUACUUUUUAUUGUAGAUGUGUUUGAUUUAUGAUAUGUUGCGGCUAAUUUUAAUAUGAAAAUGAUUAUUGUUAGCACGUUGGCGAUUGUUGUUUGAUAAUGAUGAGUUAGUUUCAUGCUGGUGUGUUACCAUUUAACUCAACACAAUGUAGUAGGUACAUGUAUGUGAAAAAAGAAAAUCAUAUCCCAACCUUUUUCUCUGGGCACAGAUGUAGUAGUGGUUGUACUUGUAGAGAAGAACCAUAAAUAAAUUAUACUGAUGGAAAGAAAUAAAGGAUCACACAGAUAGCAACAAGAAAUAAUGACUGCAUCAAAAAUCAAUUGAUAUUGUCACAAGGUGACUGGGAACAUAUA